CAUAAAUUUCCGUUGGACAGUAAAAAAUUUUCAAUAUGUCGGAUUCUAGUCUGAAACCCAUUAAGCGUAACACCUCCUUUGGCGAUGUCCUGCGGGGAAAGAAGAUUCCUGUUUCCCGCCCCAGCCAAACGUCGCUGGCCAAGGCCGAGGUUAGGUCAAAGAAGGUGGAGGAUUUCAUCGCCAAGGGCAGGACCAAUUCCUUGAAUUCCUUGCUUUCCAAUAAGUCAAAUCGCUUAACGGAACUGGACGAGUGGUGUCGUCCCAGGCGUCGUUUUCAUGAUGAAGCCGAUCUUAGUUUGAAUCCCAGCUACCAAAUUAAGAAUUUCCAAUAUAAUCUUAAUUGCUUGGUGCGGUAUAUGGACACCAAGGAGGAGUAUGACAGGCAGUUUCUACAGGAAAUGGAGCACCUCAUUGCCAACCAACGCAAUACAUGUGACCAAUAUUUUGUGAGGAAAAUGCUUUGCUAUAAGACUCUUUGGCCCCCUCUGCAUACCAAGCAAGAGCUGAAAAGUCUAUGUCUCGAAAUUCUUUCAAAUGACACCAAAGGAAAAGCGUCGUGUUGAAUAUCUUUUGAAAACCGACUUAGGUCUGGGUUGCUAGGGUUAUAAUGGCAAAGUAAAUAAUGCUAUUUAUUCCAUUUGCAAGUGGUUUAAUUAGCACAUUUAUUUUUGCAAUUACUCUUUGCAAUGCAGAGAUAUAAUUACUUUAUGAAAAAUACACAACCAAUA